UCCCUCCCCCUCGGUGGUUGCAACACCAUAUCCACAGCUCCGCGUCCUCAACCGCAGUCGCCUUUCAUGCACCAGCGAGGAGAGAACAGCGCUGGAGAUUCGCUCGCCUGUCGCUGAGCUUCAUUUCACCUCGUCUGGACUUGUCUUCAUACACAUUUUGGAGCUACCCUCGGAUCGGACGUGCGCGCAAAAAACAAACAAACAAACAAAAAACAAACGUGCGGAACGUGGAGAUGAGAAUUGCAUCCUGAAACCACAUCUUGCUAAAUGCUGCUUUAGAGUGACGACGUGUGAGGCACCAGCCGAUACAUGGAGUCCAGGGUUCCCCAUCACAUCCCCGGAGUGUCCUCCUCCAUCAUAUCCCAGCCUCUGCUGGACAGUCGAGUGCCCUACGGUCGUCUUCAACACCCUGUCACCAUUUACCCCAUUGACCAGAUCAAGUCGUCACACGUGGAGAAUGAUUACAUCGACAGCCCAGCUGUUGUUGCUCAGCAGCCCCUAAGCCAGAAGUCUGCAAAUCGAAGAAUCACCUGGCUUGGUCCAAAUCAGGAGGCUUUUCUAGGUGCUAAUCAAAAUCAUCACCACAAUCACCAACACCAGCUCCAGCAGCAGGGCAGGUGUGAACCUCACCCUCACCAGGACACAACAACCCACCCUUGGAUUUCCUUCAGUGGAAGACCCAGCUCCAUCAGCAGCAGCAGCAGUACCUCAUCAGAUCAGAGAUUGUUGGACCACGCUGCACCCACACCAAUGGUGGACCACCAUCAUCACCAGGGCCCGAUCAAUACAAUCACCACCCGAACUCCUGGCUCUCUCACUUCCUCUGAAUCUAAAGUCCUCAAUUCUUCUUCUGCUUCUUCCUGCUCCUCUUCCUCAAAAUCUUUAGACCUCAAGUCUGCCAAGGUUCCCGUUGGAGGCAUGGGCACCACAGGAGGCCAGCAAGGGUUGGCACUGAUCCCGUCCUCACCAACUGAAAAGAAACACCUUCUUUUAUGCCAGCACUGUGGGAAGUGUCGAUGCACUGAGUGUACACUCCCCCGAACCUUACCCUCAUGCUGGGUCUGCAACCAGGAGUGCCUGUGCUCUGCGCAAAGCUUGGUGGACACGGCCACCUGCAUGUGCCUGGUCAAAGGAAUCUUCUACCACUGCACCGAGGAUGAGGACGACGAGGGCUCCUGCGCUGACAAGCCCUGCUCGUGUUCACAAGCCAAUUGUUGUGCACGCUGGUCUUUCAUGGCCGCCAUGUCUGUUGUCCUGCCUUGCCUAAUCUGCUAUCUACCAGCUAUGGGCCUGUCCAAACUGGGACAGAAGUGUUAUGACAAUGUUAGCAGGCCUGGCUGCCGCUGCAAGAACUCACAGGGUGGCGUUAGCAUUCCCGUUAGUAAAACGGGAGGCAUGGAAGCAAAAGCUGGGGCAGAGAAAAAGCAGCAGGGGUCAUGAUAGUGGACCAAGCUUUAUGGCAGUGGCCUUGCCAGAACAUGGACAGGACCACAUGGUUCUGGCUUACACUCAAUGGACUGGGCAAUCCAACACCGACCCACUAAACUAUCCCAUUAAUCUGCUGGAAGAUGACUUGUGUAAAACUAAGGUACUUAAUACGGCUUGUUGACCUGUGUUUAAUAGUGUGGAUCCAAAUGGGCCAUCUGAGAGGAUGCUAACCUAGGAUUAGCUAACAGGCUCGUGGAGAUAUUUGCCUUCUUUUUUGUUGUUGGUUUUGUAAAAGUGAUGAGAAGAAACUAGAAUGUGGGACUGGUGUUUAUGAAAAUGGCUGAAGGCACAAAGUCAUUGUACCUCUCUGCUGCUCAAUAUUUUUCAGCUAAUUUUGUAACGCUAACUAACCAGAAACUGGUUAGUGAUUCUCAGAUCGUUUAGAAAUCAUUGAUGGAAACGAAAAGGUAUUUCAUCCCAUUCUGCCCCCUGAAAAAUGCACAGUCUAGUGCAAAAUGAAAAACUACGUAGUUAACUAGAAAAUAAUGUAGCUUUACGAUGGAAGAAACCACUUCCUCCCUCAGUACAACGAUGAUCCCCAUCCUCCGGUAUACCCCCACGGAGAUGCUGUAAAAAUACACCCUUUCUAUGAUUUAAAAUGAACAGUAAAUUUUCAUCAUUUUCACUCUGUAUUGUGCAGUUGUGCUGCAAGUGAGAGAUAAUCACCUCACAGUGUGUUUUCUAUUUUUUGGGUGGUAAAGCUUAGACAUUCUGAAAUACUUUGAAUGCUGUUCACUGAUCACCUCAGACAUAAUGCAUGUCACGAUCUGCAUGCUCUAGUACAAUGGUUACCCACCGUGCUGGGGUGGAUUUGUAGUAGAGACGUGUCAAAUAGAAAAAAAAUAUAUAAGAAAAAUACUUAAAAUAGGUAAGGAAGAAAUUCCACCCAGCCUUCUCAGGGAUUGUUACAGUAAUCUCCUCUAGAACUUGGCCAACCGCAUGUUAUUUUCUAAACCGUCUAAGAGCCUGGUCUACUUCCUCUUUGCACAGAAAGGCAAAGAAUCGUUUAGGGGCAAAAAGGCAAUAUUGAAUAAUUUAGUACGCAGAGGGAGAAGGGGCCAGAAUAUUCUCUUUUAAGUUUUUUUUAAGUGAUGCAGGUGAUGGGAAGCAAAGAGGCAUUGCAAAAGUUUAAAACCAUCAGUCUUUGUGUAAAUCAAACCUGCCACUUGCACAACCGUUGUCCGAAAGUAAAGCACAGUACUAACCACCUCAGCUCGCCUGUAUUUUGACGGUCAAUGCCACAUUUAGCCCACAGCUCACCUCUACGCACAUUAGUGUCUUCAUGAAACCUACAUCACUAGGCUGCAUAGUUGCAUAACUCAGUCUCUCGUUUAGUCUAUUUUGGGGGCUCGCAUGACAUUCGUAGGACGUUGCCAAAGGAAGCUGUUGUACAGUAGCAUGUUUUCACAGUCUGAGUGAUCACAGUUGCUAAAUGGAGUUGAUGACAGUUAAAAAGUGUGCAGCCCUUUAAUGCUGAUGGGCUUUUUGGCUCUGUUGCUCCAUAACACUUAACCUCUCUUUUUAUCUUCCACUCGGGUGCCCAUCUUUGCUCAUACUUGCAUUUGUCUUGUUGCACAAAGCUGAUGUCACUCGUAAAACGGAAAGACGAAAGAAUAAAAAAAAACAUGGUUCUUUAGUACGAAUGUAUGAGGCAAUAUUUCAAGUCAGAGAGAAAGGUGCCAAAACGGAAUGUGUGAGAGAGGCUUAGCCAGGUGCAGGUGUCCAGCAAACAUAAAAAAUCAGACGUUUGGACGAUGUAUUUAGUAAUAGAGCUAUGCAGGUGAAAUGUUAUUUGCUGUAAAUAGUUUCACAAAGUUUGUGUUCCUUUAGAAGAGACUUUUAAAUGUCCUCGAAAGAUUGCAUGGUACAUUAUAACUACAAUUAAGUACAAAAGUAUAUAGAGAAUAUAUUAGAUUUAUAUUUUGAGGGUAAGAUUAAGGUGUUUUUGUGGUAUGUGAGGAACAGAAAGGGAGAGUUUACGAAAAAAACAAACAAAAGUGAAUUAAUUAGCCGACAGGUCUUUCUAUCACUCGCACUUGACUUAGAAAAGUGUUCCUAAAAUAGAAGAUGAACAAAAAUAAAAAAAAAAAUCUCCUGCUGCUUUUGCUAUCCAUGGCUCAUUAGCAGUCGAGAGGCUAAGCUAACUCCCUCUCCGGCUCCUAAAGACCGUGGACUCAUUGAAUCCGCACAAGGAACACAGUCUACUCCCAUCAACCCAUUUCCUGCCGUUACUGCUCAGUGUCACAGCUCCUUUUCUCCUUCUUGCUUUCCCUCAGUUCCCUCCUUCCUCCCUAAGAAAGAAAGGCCAACAAACACCAUUAGCCUGCCUUGAUUGACAAACACAGCUGCCGUUCAUAAACUCGUCAUGCUACAGAAACAGGAGACACACUCGCUGUACCCCCUCUUCAUUUUCCUCUGAAGUUGCGUUUAGCACCACCUCUAUCCACUUUUUUUUUCAGUCUUUGCAAAAUUAAGGUUCUUAUUUAUUACAACAUGUUCUUGGUGUGGAAAAAAACACAAAGAGAAAUAAAAAAAAUCUGGAUUUGAAUCUUUGGUUUCUGCAGCUGCUGUGACUUUUUCACACACCCACGCCCAUCUGAGUAUUUUAUUUUGAAAUCAAAGGAACAGAAAAAGUCCAUUCCUUUAAACCUUUGCAACAUCAAUGUUGGGGAUUAAGAAACAAGAUCCGUGCUUUUUUUUUUGUUAGUUUGUUUAAAUAUUACAAAAAGAAAAAAAAAACUCAUAUAAAAGGUUCCCUUUAUAGAUAUAUUUAUUUUGAAGUUCUAUUUUAUAUAGUAUUUAUUUAGAUGCCAACUUUUUGUUUGUGAGAAAAGCUUAUGUUGAAAUGGAAUGUACAUUGACAAUGGAAAUAUAUAUUGUUAAAUAUA